UAAAUUUCAUUUUUCUUGCAAUCCGGAUUUCGUCGUCAUAACUCAUAACAGACAGGUGCGCAUUUACAGUUUGUUUGGCUCUCACUCUGCUAUUUCAGGGAAGAAACAGAAAUUGCAGAUUAAAAUCUCGAUUUGGAGUGAGGAAUUUGAAUGUUGAGAUGUCUGAGAAUCACGUAGCAGAGCAGGUUUCGGAUUCUGGUCAUGGUGUUGUGCACGACGAAUCAAAUGUGGAUACCGAAUCAAACAUUGAUACUUAUAAUCAAGAUCAGCAGGGAGAGCGUGCUGAUCUCAGAGGUCCUGAAGAUGGAAAAUCUACAGAGGAUGCUGCCAGAGAUGACAUGUUUGUUGAUUGCCCUGAUGAGUUAAGCACAUUUGAUGGUAGGCAAAGGGAGGAAGACGCUGCAGCUGUGGAAAAUGAAGAUGACCGGUCGGAGGAAAAUGAAGUUAUGCAACAACAGCAGAGUCAUUUUGAUAAAUUGGGCAAUGGAGUGGGAGAUGCUUACUCCUCAGGCCAGCUGGAGAAAGUUGUUGCCGAGAAGGAAUGUAUUUUGAAGGAAUAUCAGGAAGAAAGACAAACUGUUACUCAAGGUGUGCUUGAUCUUCGAUGUCAGCUGAAGACUCUCACUGGUCAACAUAAUGAAGCUCAAGUUGAAGAUAGGGAAGCGACUGAUGUUCCGUUGAGGGAGAUGAUAAAGGAAUGUUUGGAGUCUGUGAAGACUGCCUCAGAAGAAUGGUCAAACAGUGAAACUACUAUAAAUAAUCUUCGCGAACAUCUAUCUACGAAGGACCGUGAGAUAGAAGAUCUUAAUGCAAAGCUUGCCCAAUUAAUGGUAUCUAAUGAAAGUUUGCAAGUUUCAUCCAAAGCUCAACUUGAAAAGGAUCGUAUUGUUGAGAUUGUGAUAGAUAAGACGAUAUCCUCUCUUGCAACAGUUGUUACUCGAGAGCAAGUAUUGGAUGAUUCUAUUAGUGGGAAAAUAGUUUAUAUUGAGGAAGGCACUAUGCAUGUAGUUGAAAAGUAUAAUCAGAUGCUUUCUGAAAUUUAUCAACUUGGGCAAUCUUUCUCUGAGGUAGGCUUGGAGACUAACGACCAGGAAUACGGGAACAUACUCGCUGAUGCUCGUGGUGGGUUACUGGAGCUCAAAAGAAAGGAAACAGAAUUGGUUGAAAAACUGGCUCAUUUAGAAGAUGAAAAUCAGAAACUAGUUGAUGAGCUUGACAAGGAAAAGGUGAUGAUAGGGACAUUAAAUACUGAACUUGGAAAACUGAAAAUAGAACUCGAGCAGGAAAAGGCUAAAUGUGCUAAUACGAAAGAAAAGCUCAGUAUGGCUGUGACAAAAGGAAAGGCAUUGGUACAGCAGCGAGAUUCAUUAAAGAAGUCUCUGGCUGAUAAAUCCGGUGAGCUUGAGAAAUGUUUGAUUGAAUUGCAAGAGAAGUCAGUUGCACUACAAGCUGCUGAACUUGCUAAGGAGGAGUUAUCCCAAAGUAAAAAUAUGGUUGCAUCCCUAGAGAACUCAUUACUAGAAAAGAAUGCAAUUUUUGAUCAAGUGGAAGAAAUCUUGUCUCGGGCCAAACUUAAUGAACCUGAAAUGUUUGAUAUGCCAGAGAAACUAAGAUGGCUUGUGGAUGACAGAAACACUCUGAAGGAAGCCUUCCUAGAGCUAUGCAAAUUGAAGGAAGCUAUAUCUCUAGUGGACCUACCGGAGCCUGUUUCAUCAUCUGAUUUGGAAUCACAAAUGAAUUGGCUUGCAGAUUCUUUGCUUAGUGCCCGGGGCAACAUGCAUACUCUACAGGAAGAAAUUUCCACAAUCAAGGAAGCAUCCCGUGACUAUGUUGAUCAGCUUAGUGUUUCUCUUUUGCUGGCAUUGCAGGAAAAAGAUUACCUUCUGUCAGAAUUAACUGACUUGAGGUUCAAAUAUGAUGAGCUUGUUAACAAGAACCAUCAGAUUUCUUUGGAGAAGGAUCAGAUAGUGAAUAUGUUAGUCGAUCUUUGUGGCCUGAACUUGGAAGAUGAAGGGAUUGAUCAAAUCUCUUCCAGCACCUCUAUGAUCAUUGAUUUAUGCUUUAAAGUUAUCAAAGGACAGGGUGGUCCCUUGUCUAGAGCAUCCCAUAUUGAUGCUGAGUUGUUUGAAAGGAUUCAAAGUCUCUUGUAUGUUAGAGAUCAGGGAUUAAUACUCUAUGAAGAUAUACUGGAAGAGGAGAUGCUAAUUAGAUCAGAUGAGAAUAAGCUGUCAAAUGAGUUGAAAGUGGCAUCUGAGGAAAUUAUAGCACUGAAAGAGGAAAGGAGUUCUCUGCUGCAAGAUCUUGAACGAUCAGAGGAGAAGACUGCCAUGCUUAGGGACAAGUUGUCCAUGGCAGUUAAGAAAGGAAAGGGGCUGUUUCAAGAUAGGGACAAUCUAAAAGGUCUUGUAAAUGAAAAGAAAUCAGAGAUUGAGCAGUUGAAGGCUGAUUUGCAGAAGCAAGAAUCUGCAGUUUCUGAAUACAGGGAUGAGAUCAAUAGAUUGUCCAGUGAUGUGGAAAGCAUCCCGAAGCUGGAGGCUGAUUUUCUGGAAAUGAAAAGGGAGAAGAAUCAGUUUGAACAGUUCUUAAUGGAGAGCAAUAACAUGUUACAGAAAGUGAUGGAGUGUAUUGAUGGUGUUGCUCUUCCAGUUGCUCCAGUUUUUGAUGAACCAAUAGAGAAGGUGAAGUGGCUUGCUGGUUAUGUCAAUGAAUGCCAAGAUGCUAAGGUACACAUAGAACAAGAGUUGCAGCUAGUGAAGGAGAGUGCCAGUAUACUUGAAAUUCAAUUAGCAGAAGCCCAAGCAACUGUAAAAUCCCUUGAGCGGGAAUUAUCUUCUUCAGAUGACAAUGUUUCUCAACUUGCUGAAGAAAAAACAGAGUUAGAACAUGGCAAAGAGAAAGUUGAGGAAGAGUUACAGAAAGUUAAAGAAAAAGUCGCUGAAGUUUGUAAUACGACUAAGUCACUUGAAGAUGCCUUAUCACAAGCAGAAAAAGAUAUUUCUAUUCUUUCCGAAGAGAAAGAGCAAGCUCAAGUUAGCAGAGUUGCUGCAGAGAGAGAGUUAGAGAUUUUUAAAGAUGAAGCAGCUAUGCAAACAAGCAAACUGGCAGAGGCCAGCAAGACCAUAAAGGAUCUAGAAGAUAAACUAUCUCAGGUUGAGGGUAAUGCCAAUUUAUUGACUGAAAAGUAUAAUGCUGAUCAAGUUGUCAAAAUUGACAUGGAAAAUGAAUUGAAGAAGCUACAAGAUGAAGCUUCAAAUCAUGCUAGUAAAUUGGCAGGUGCCUCUGCAACUAUAAAAUCACUGGAGGAUGCAUUAUCGAAGGCGCAAGAUGAUAUUUCUGCCUUAGAAGAUGCAAAUAAAAUUGCUAAACAGGAGAUAUCUUCACUUGGCUUUAAGUUAAAUUCAUGCAUGGACGAGUUAGCUGGAAAGAAUGGCAGCUUAGAAAACAAGUCCUUACAGCUCAUUGGACUCCUUAAUGAUCUUCAGGGGCUCAUGAAAGACACUACUCUAUUUCCCAGAAUUAAACAAUGCUUUGAGAGCAAAUGUGAGACACUGAAGAAUAUGACUCUCAUUCUGAACAAAAUAAGAGAUAAUGUUGCCAUGACUGCAAAGGAUUCAAAGGGGCAGCCUGUGAUGGAGGAAAAUCCACUUAUGAGAGAAACAUUCUUGGAUGGCCCUGAAAAUUUUGAAGUUGAACUGGACAUUACAGAGAUUGAUGGUGCUGAUAUUGACACCAUAAUCUCAUCAUUUGGAAAGAUUGUGAAAGGAUUUCAGUCAAGAAACAAACACAUUGCAGAUAAGUUUCAUGAAUUUUCAGAUUGUAUGGAUGAGUUUAUUUCUCCUCUCCAUGAAAAACUACUGGAAACAGAGACCAUGUCAACGACUAUUGUUGAGAACAUGGAAAUUAUGAAAAUAAAAGCAAAUAGCAUGGGAAAAUUGAAAGAACAGGAAAAUAUUAUUGCCACUUUAGAAAACAAUGUCAGUGUAUUGCUAUCUGCAUGCACGGAUUCUACCAUUGCACUUCAGAGUGAAGUUGACAAGAAUGGGCAGCCAGGCUCCAUUUCUGAGGUUGAACAGUUAAACCUGGAAGCAGGUGCACAAGUAGAGCAUCAUGAGAACAACAAAUACACGGAAGCCACACAUAAGUUGAUGAAUGCUUCUAGAAAAGCUCAAACUUUGAUUAGACAGUUUGGAUGUAGAAGUGAGCAAGUAGAUGCAACAAUUGAAGAUUUGCAGAAUAAAUUGAAAGAAACAACAGUUGCUUUUGAAUUAGUCACAGAUGAGAGAGACUUGAAUAAAAACAGAGUUUCAGAACUGGAGUCUGGUAUUCAAUCACUGCAAAGUGCUUGCAGUGAGCUUAAGGAUAAGUUAGAGGGUUAUCGUGCCUUAGAAGAAAAAUUGGAGGACAAAGAGGCUGAGAUUUCAUCGAUGCACAAUGCUAUGUUGGCAAAAGAAGAAGAAAACUUCCUCCUUCCAGCAUCUCAAAUGAGAGAUCUCUUUGACAAGAUAGAUUGGAUCAAAAUCCCUAUUGUAGAGUCUGAAGAAGAUGAUUUGGAGCCACAUACUUCAGCCCCUAUGAAAAAACUCUUUUAUAUUAUUGAUAGUGUUACUAGGUUGCAUGAUCAAAUAAACUCUCUGUCUCAUGAUAAAGAAAAGCUGCAAUCAAUCCUUGAAACUAAGGAUCUUGAAAUUAAGGAUCUGAAUGAGGAAGUCAAACAACUCGAUAGAAAUUGUGAAGACUCUAAAAUGAUCAAGAAUGAAUUGUCUGACCUCACCUAUGUAUUAGAAAAAAUUAUGGAUAUUUUGGGAGCUGGUGAAUGGGUUGUAGAUAGGAAAUCUAAAGGUUUGAAGGAAUUAAUACCAGCACUGGAAAAGCAUAUCAUUGCCAUUCUUUCAGAAUCUGAAAAUUCAAAAUCCAAGGCCCAGGAACUUGAUAUUAAGUUAGUUGGAAGUCAGAAGGUUAUUGAUGAAUUAACGACCAAGGUUAAAGUACUUGAAGAUUCACUCCAAGAUAGGACUUCUCAGCCAGACAUUGUCCAGGAAAGGAGCAUAUAUGAAGCACCCUCAUUACCUGCUGGGUCUGAGAUAAUUGAAGUUGAAGAGGGAUCAUCACUUGGCAAGAAAGCAAUAUCUCCUGUCCCAUCGGCUGCUCAUGUGCGGAAUAUGCGAAAAGGAUCUAAUGACCAUCUUGCACUUGAUAUUAGUGUGGAGUCUGAUAAUCUGAUUAACAGGGUAGAUAAGGAUGACGAUAAAGGUCAUGUAUUCAAGUCUCUGAACACUUCUGGAUUCGUACCAAAACAGGGAAAGCUCAUUGCAGAUCGUAUUGAUGGACUCUGGGUAUCUGGUGGACGGGUUCUCAUGAGUCGUCCUAGAGCAAGAUUAGGACUAAUUGGUUAUUUGUUUAUCAUGCAUAUAUGGCUACUGGGGACGAUCUUGUAGAAAAGUUGUGACCAAACCUACCUGGACUGCUCAACAUUGAAUGGCCCGCGUCUGCAAAUUGUAUUAUAGAUAUAAAAUUGUUCCUUUUUUAUUCAUGCCUUUCUUUUUGCUUCUUAAUGAAGCCUAACCUGUUUUUCUUUAGUCUCAUCAAAUUCACUAUUUGUUCUCUGCAAUCACAUUUUAGGGAUUCAGAGAUUCUGGUCUUCAAUGUUUGGGGUCAUUUUUUGACAGCCUUCUUUUUCUUUAAAAUCGAAGCCCCUCCAUUGUAUUAGCCUACAAUUGUUUCAAUAUUAAAGGAUGUGGUGGGUAGAAAAUAGGUAGAUGAAUUCUUUCGAACGUUAAUGUAAUAAAAAUGUAGAAAGAUUUUAAGAGUGACCCAUUUAUAUCUCAAGCAGUGAAUGAGAAUGAAGAUACAAAGAUCAAUUGAAGGAUGACUCA